CUUUGUAUUUUGUGAUUUUCUUCAGUUCUUUCUCUCCUCUUCUGCUGUUUCCAGAUAUUACUAUUUUUAUUACUUCAAAGACAGUCAAGAAUAAGAAUAUCAGAAAGGGGAAAACUUCAAUACUUCAAAGAAAAACACACUAAGGGUACUUCCUGAGAAAUUAGCCCUUAUACACUUUCCAUUGCAAGCAAAAACAAUAGUUAAUGAGUGAGUGGACUGAAAGAGAAAGAAAAAAAAUGUUAUUGUGGUCAUUACCAGUAUAGAGAAUAAGAAAGAAACAGUUUCCAUUGAAGAGUACUUUCAGAACCAUUCUGCCUUCCUGCACAUGUUUUUGGGUUUUUUUGUUGCUUUUUUUUUUAAAAAAAAAUUGGGCUAAUUUCUCGGCUGUGACGUUCACUUCAAUGCAAUCAGGAAAUCAAUAGCCCAUCUGCAAUAUAAGAGCAACCUUUAAUCUUCUUUGAUCAGAAAUUCACCUUUCCUACCUUAGCCUGUAUCUUCUGGGUAAACCAGGUCAAUCCUCCCCCAUUUAGAGCCAGGCCAAUUGGCAAAGGAUUGAGGGGGCUGGAGGACUCACCUUUCUCUCGGAUGCCAAGAUGACUCUAGUCCUGCUUUUCUGCACUCUCGUUCUCAUUCUGCAGAUGACCAAUGGAGAGAAGUACAGGGUGUGGGGUGAGGAAGGCACACAUGUGAUUCUUCCUUGCUACCUGAGUCCCCAGAUGGUGAAGGACAACUUGAGGCACCUGUACAAAGGAUUAGAGGUUCUCUGGGUGCGGCACAGAGGCAGUUCUUCCAUGAAGCGUCAUUUGGUGCUCAAGGUGAAGCCCAGUGGGCUUAAGAGUCUGGCCCAUUCCAUGAUGCGCCGAGCAACUGUCUGGGACGCUGGCUUUCUUAAGGGCAAUUUUUCACUCCAGAUUAAGCCAUUGCUGAAGGAAGAUGCAGGAACCUAUGAGGCACACGUGAGAUAUGGGAACAAGGAAUGGCGCUGCCUAGUGGAGCUUGGUCUGGUGUCAGUCACUGCUCACCCUUCUCGUCCUCUAAUUGAGUCGGAAUCUGUCAGGCUGAACUGCAAUUCCACCCACCCAGGAAAUCCCACCAACGUCCUCUGGUUCCACAGAGAUGUCCUUGUUCACAUCUCCUACAGGCUUCAUCCUAUCGAUCAAACCCUGCUUAUCUCGGAAUCAGUCAGUAGUGACACUGGGCCCUGGGUUUGCCAACUCACCUUUGCAGAUGGGGAGGUAAUUGUGGCCAGACACAACCUGCAAGUUAUAGGAUUUACUGAGCAAGCCCCCUCGGUCAUCUAUACAGCAGCUGGAUCUGAUGCUUAUCUGCCCUGUGUCCUGAAUUCCAAUCCCACGAACUAUGGAAUUUCAAGGGUGGCCAUCCAAUGGAGAUACAUGGCAGGGAGAGAACUGAAGGCCAAACCCACUCCCAAUUAUGAAAACUAUCAGGAUUUCACUCUUCAUCUCCCAGCUGUUGGAUUAAAUGAUGCAGGCCAAUAUCUUUGUGGGAUCACCAUCCAAGGCGUUACUAUAAUUAAGAAUAUCACCCUGGCAGUGAUGACAGUCUUUACCAGCACUGUUGAGCCAAGAAUUCCUGAAGAUUCUCACUUGGUCCUCAUCUGUAACCUCAGCUACUACACAGGAAAAGAGCAUUUUCAGUGGAAGUGGCUGGACUUGGAAUCCAGCAACAGCUCUCAGUCUGCUUCUAGUAGGCCUGUGAAAUGGGGCCCAAUCCAAGAAUUCCAACAGGUGUCAUCAAGGGAUGCAGGUACCUGGGAAUGCAGCGCCCAUGGUCCAGAGGGGAAGCUAGGAUCUGUGCAGUAUCACCUGGAAAUUGCAGCCAGUGCCCGGCUUGCCAGCUUGCCCCCUGUACCAAUUGAGAAAAUAUUUGGCCUGUUACUAUUUUUUCUUAUUGUCUUACUCUCCAUCAUAGCCGUGGUCUACCUGAGACGAAGGAUGUAUUCCCUGAACUUCCAAGCACUGGAUAGGAUUGUGGAUGCUUUGCCUGGGAAAGGAGAAAAGAAUGGAGGACAGGAGAAGACUCUACAGUUGGAAUACUAAAGGAAAGGAAAACAAGGAAGAGGAUUGCUUAUAUGAGAACUGCCAGGACUGGCCAGCUAGACCUAUGAAUAGAUUUAUGUUGGUUUAGUUCAAGAGUCAGUAGGUUUACUGGGUUUUAAACUCUGCAGAUAGAUCCUCCUUGAAAACAGUGAAACCUGAAUGUACAGUAAUCCAUUGAGGGAGAGGAUGGACAGCCAAUUUCUUCACAGAAGUCACCUUUAAAAAUAUGCUGGAUUUCUCAGAGAUGAUUGCUCCCCCUUUUAACUGCUUGGUAAACCCCUAUAUGUUUUCUCCCUUUUGUGCAAGUUUAGGGAGUCUUGUUCAUUUCUGUCCCUUUCUGAAGGCUAUUGUUGGAUGAACUGGUCCACAUUUUUUUUUCCUGCAUAAAAUAGUGCAGGUAUUCCUCAACUUAAGACCCCAACUGGGACUGGGCUUGCCAUUUUAAGUUGGUACAUCAUAAAGUGAGACAUCAUGUGAUUAUACCACCUUACAGCAGCAAUCCAAUCAUUCAUUGUUGUGGUCAUUGACCAAGAAUUGCAGGUACCCAUUUCAGUCCAAGCCAUUCUAGACUUUGUCCCUCCCAGCCCCGAACCUCAGUAAGAUAAGGGAUUGUCUCCAACUCCCCCAUUCACCUGUCUUUCCCCCAUCAGUGCCUUUAGGCCCCUUUCCCACCUGCCUUGUAAGGUGACAAACAGUCCCAGAGCUGCAUGGCUGCGAGGCUGCUUGCCAUGACCCAGAAAGCCUCAGCUGCCCCAGCAGAUGCCAAAAAGCAUUCAUUUGCCCAGGUGCCCUUUCUCCCCAGUUUCAUUUCUUUGAAGAACCCACUUAGUAUUCUUUAGUUUGUAAUUCACAGUUCUAUAAACAGAAAUAAUUAUCUACGGAAGCUCAACUCUUUCAAUAAAAUAAUUUUGCUUAUACUUUAAA